AUAUGAACAUAAUGAUGAAAAGUGUUAAAAACAAAAAGCCUUGAAGUUCUUGGAAAUUCUUGGAGUUAUUUGCUCACAGAUGUACAGCAAGUUAUUCUCAUUGCUGAUCCACUAUGGCAGGAACGAGAAGAGCCAAAGAACAAGUUUUCGUUGUUGGUGUAGGGAUGACGAAAUUUGAAAAGCCUUUCACCAAGAAAUGGGACUAUCCAGAUAUGGCUCGAGAGGCAGGGACAGCAGCUCUGAAUGAUGCAGGGAUUUCUUACCAGGAUGUGGAGGCUGUUGUUGCCAGCUACUGUUAUGGAGAGCCCACAUCAGGUCAAAGAGCAGUUUAUGAGUUGGGUUUGACUGGGGUCCCUGUGUUUAAUACCAAUAACAACUGUUCAUCUGCAUCAUCUGGCCUGAUGUUGGCAAGGCUGUUGGUUCUCAGUGGACAGUAUAGGUGUGUCUUAGCCCUAGGAUUUGAAAAGAUGGAAAGAGGUUUGUCGGAAAGGUACAAAGACCGUGUAUCUCCUGUAAAACGUCACAUGGAUCACAUGGUUAAUAUUGGUGCUGCACCUGGGCUCGUCAAUCCUCAACUGAACUCUAUGACUUCAGAUGUUAUUAAGCUGUUUGCUUAUGCUGCACGAGAGCAUAGUCAAAAAUACGGAAGCACAUUUGAACAAUGUGCUAGAAUUGCUUACAAGAAUCACAAGCACAGCAUUCACAACCCAAAUGCUUGCCUUAGAAAGGAGCUCCCUUUGAGCAGCAUUACACAUUCAAAAUUGAUUUGCAAACCUAUCACCUAUGCCAUGUCUGCACCCACGGCAGAUGGUUCAGCGGCUGCCAUUGUGUGCUCAAGAGAAUUCAUGGAAUCAAAUGAAAUGCAGAACAAAGCCGUAGAGAUCUUAGCUCAGCAGAUGGUCACAGAUCUGCCAUCUUCAUUUGACAAGAGCUUUAUGGACCUGGCAGGAGUUGCCAUGGCUACAAAAGCUGCCAUAGACUGCUACAGAUCAUCAGAUCUCACACCCCAUGAUGUUGAUGUCCUAGAGGUUCAUGAUUGUUUCUCUUGCAAUGAGUUAUUCAUGUAUGAAGCCAUGGGGCUUUGCCCAGGGGGAAGGGGUGGAGAUCUCAUUGAUUCAACUGAAUGGAUCGUGAAUAAAAAUGGUGGGGAAGUUUGUCGUAUUGGAGGUAGAUGGGUAGUGAAUCCGUCAGGAGGUUUGGAGUCAAAAGGACAUCCGAUCGGCGCCACUGGUCUUGCGCAGUGUGCCGAACUUAACUGGCAGCUCAGAGGUGAAGCAGGUAAACGGCAGGUGGACGGAGCGACAGUUGCCUUGCAGCACAACUUUGGAAUCGGAGGGGCUGCUGUGGUGACGAUGUACAAAAAGUUCAAGCCUCAAGCAAGGGAACAGCUGCAUGCCAAGUUAUAACACUGUCUCACUUUCGACUGACGCGAGCGUUGAAACACAAUAACCAAAAAGAUCAAACAGAGCUUUUCAGACCAUUAUUUGUUGUCAAAUGCUGAACACAAUUAAGAAUACCGAACUCAAAUAUAAAGUAAUUUUUUUACCAAAAGAUGAAAGAAAUUGAACGAAACAUGACUUAACUAAGCCACUUACGUAUGUAGCAUCUUAAACAUGAUCUUCUUUUAGUGAGGGCGGUUCUGUAUAUAUCAGGGGUAGUCUCGUGCCCAGACCUUGGACGGUCGAGCAUUUAAUCAGUAGAUUGUAUAUAUCAGAGGAACAUUGUUGGCCAUCAAGGCAAUUUGCGCUUAGUAAACACUUUCAAAUGAUUUUUCGUGAUCUACAAAACCCAAGAAUUUAACUUUUGUUUUCUGCCUCUCAACCGUUUGAGAAGUAUUGUGACACUCUACGGUGGCUAAUUUACGUUAUCAACUCAUUUGAUAAAACCAAGUUAUAUACUCCCCCACUGACAUAGCACCACAGUUUCUUUAGACACUAACCCCCUUUAUUCAAUAUUGGAACGCGUUUUUGAAAAGCAGAUAUUUUUAAAUUUUUGUCUCAAUGGUGGACAAACAAAAAAACAAGAAUGUUUUCCAUUUUGGCUUAGGACUCACAUUUAUUUGUUUAAGAACAUACAUAUUUCCAUGUCCGUAAUUUGUCCUCCUAGUAUUCCCGGAAUCUCUCUGGUAAAAACGUGCGCCAUUAAUUUUACACCUUUGUUUCACAGUUGGUCACGCUAAUUUUUCACAAUCAAGGUUGGAAUAAGUUCAGGCAUGAGACAUUGAUGAAUUUGUGAAUUGCUUUUUUCGCUAGUAUAAUCCUUAUUAAGCGGACUUGGAGUAAAAAUAUUAUUUACACA